GAGGACGUGGGGUCCAGUGGGGGAAUCAAUCACUACACCUACAUCAGGGAUUACAUGACAGGCUUGUCAUAUAAGAUCAACAACCAGCUACAGACCUGCACGUCUUUAAAUAUAACGGAGGACAUUGCCCUGCCCUUUGAUUUUGUCACCUCGACUGGCAAGAUUCAACAGCUCUCACCUGACCAGUUUUUUUACCAUGCUAAUGACAAGUUUGAUUACCUGGGCAAGAGAAAUGUCCGUGGUAUGUCUGCUGAUGUUUGGGUUACCAAGACAACCAUGCUCAACAAAGCUCUCGAAGAAGUGAUUGUUGAGUGGUACUUUGCACCGCCCAAUGUCCGAUCAUGGAACGAAGGGUCACCCUACUAUAAACAAGGCAACUACAGGAUACCAGUAAGGUUUCGAUCCUGGAAAGGAAAAGACACGUACAGCCUCGAUCUGAACAUCUUCCACGUGGACUACACCAAACUUAUGUACGGCAGCAUCAACAUCCGCUCCUGCUACCCCAACACUCAGAGCAACUACUUCCAGCUGGUCCUUGCAGGCGGCAGGGAGCUGGUGGUGAGUACCAACAUUGAAGAGUUCAAAUGGCGAGCAGUCCAUGACUUGGCUAACACAGCGGGAGUCAGGUGGAUCCGUAUAGCAGACCUCAAGGUGUACUACGAGCAGAACGACGCCAUCAUUGAGUUCGAGAUGCUAGACGCGCCCAAGUACGCUGUUGAUAUCGACACCCCACUCGUGGCCCCCCUCACCCUACAGCAGGCGGCCAAGAAUCUGCUGGAUGCUGCAGCUAGUGGCACUCUGUCGCUCAAAGUGUACGACCCUUUCACCAACAGCAUCAGUAAAAAUUUGCCAGUGACGUCAGCACAAAACACUGGCACCAACAACGACCCAGGUGUAAACAUUGACAACGGUUUUUCUGCAGGAGCAUUGGCCGGUCUUGGGGUUGCCAUGGCAAUUGUAGGGGGCGCUGGUGGCGGUGUUGGUGCCUACUUUUUGAUGCGAUAAUUUAUCAACACCUGAGCUGUCCUUUGUUUACUGUUUGAAGUAUACUCAUCUGUAUGAUUGAGGAAAAUGUUCGAUUACUAAAUCGGUUAAUCGAUCGGUGAUUUGGAUGAAUGUUUUAGUUUAUUACUUGCCAAAUUUGUUUGUAGUGGAGAUUUGUACAAAUUAAAGAAUAUAUUUAUGUGA